ACCGUCUCCCCCUGAUACUCUGCGCUGCAUUGGAAAAGAAAAAGAAAACAUUCCUCAUCAUGCUGGCCCGCAGUCGACCCCUCCUCCCCAUCGCCCUCGCCAUAUCCUCAUGCCUCCCCACCGCCCUCGCAUGGGGCGCAAUGGGCCACGAAACAGUCGCCUACAUUGCGCAGAACUUCGUCUCGCCCCGCACCGCGGCCUUUUGCAAAGAGAUCCUGGGCAGCGCGAGCAACAGCAGCAGCAGCUACCUCGCCAGCGUCGCGCCCUGGGCGGACUCGUACCGAUAUACCGAGGGCGGGGAAUUCUCCUCUGUGUUCCACUACAUCGACGCCAACGAUGACCCGCCGGUUAGUUGUGGGGUCGAGUUUGAGCGCGAUUGUCCGAGUGAGGGGUGUAUUGUGAGCGCGAUUCAGAAUUAUACGGAUCUACUACUUGACUCUGAUACGUCGGAUGAGCUCAAGCUUGAUGCGCUGCGCUUUAUUAUCCACUUCACUGGCGACAUACACCAACCCCUGCACGACGAAGCCCUCGCCGUCGGCGGCAACGACAUCGCCGUAACAUUCAACGGGAGCGUCGAGAACCUGCACCACAUCUGGGACAACAACAUGCCCGAAGCGCACGCGGGCGGAUCCUCGCUCUCCACAGCGCAGACCUGGGCGACGCGCCUGACGAAGAAGAUCCGGUCGGGGGCAUACAGGCGCGAGGCUGCGUCGUGGAUUGCGGAUUUGGAUAUUAGCGAUCCGCGAGCGACGGCGAUGGGGUGGGCCCGCGAUGCGAAUGCGUAUGUUUGCACUACGGUGAUUGAGCCGGGCUUGGAGUAUCUCGAGUCGACGGAUUUGGCGGGCGAGUAUUAUCAGGCUGCACGGCCGGUGUUUGAGGAGUUGAUUGCGCGUGCUGGGUAUCGGUUGGCGGCGUGGUUGGAUUUGAUUGCGGCUGUUGCCAAGGGGGGCGGUGAUUGCGAUCAUUCCUAUCUGUAGCGGCCAUUAUUAGUCUGCUUGCGGGAGAGUCGCAUCAGAGGCUGUAGCCUGGGUUACUUAGAUUUCAAUUCUGUAAGUUGUCCAGCAAUGGUGCUAUCUCUAUCUAGUCGCUCCACUCAUGACGCCGGGCCAAAACCUGCUGCAUAGCUAUGAACUAGGGAGUAUUUGGUGGGCGGCCGGUAUAGCUUUGUCGACUCGGCCUUCUUGACUUGGGUUGGCCUUGUGCCGCAGUUUCUUGGGGAUGCGAUUGAUCUCGAGAGGGAGUUCCCGAGUGUCAGUGGCUGAUUGGAGAGGCUUCAUGCCACGCCGGCGAUUGCGAAAGUUGUCAAGGAUAGAGCGGACGCAAUGGCCGCUCAUUCUUUGCAAGGUGUUUGGGGUUGUAACGCCAUUUCGCGUAUCUGUUAUGCUGAUACUAGGAGCUGGGCUAUCCUCACAUACACCUACCAUUGGAGAAGGAGUUGAUCACGUCCAAUCUUGUGACCAUAGGAUCUCCCUACUUCACAUUUGAAGAUCUGUCAAGUCAUAAUAGGGGCUUAGUGUUGGAGCUUGGCAAUGGAGUCAGUUGAUUCUCUACGAAGAAAUAAACCUUGUAUAAAACCAGAGGGCUCUCUACCAGGUAGUUUUCAAUAAACCCGGGACUCGUUUGUCUGUUCUCCUGCGUGGUGUUCGCAGAUGGUUGUAAUAUUGGGCUAAGUACAUACGUUGACAAGUCCACUGAUGGUCUCAUUUGAUAGACUAAAGUCUCC